AUCGAACUUGACGACAGCCUUAAUCAACCCAAGUUUCAGAAGCCCUACGACCUGACUCUCUGGGAAUAUCGUCAAGAUGCCGUCUACCAGGCUUACAUACCGCCGACGAGCGCCCUAUAACACCCGCAGCCAAAAUGUCCGAGUGAUCAAGACUCCAGGAGGCACACUCCGAUACCUACACAUCAAGAAAAAGGGGUCCGCUCCCAAGUGUGGCGACUGUGGUAUCAAGCUUGCUGGUAUCCCUGCCCUUCGUCCUCGGGAAUACGCUACCAUCAGCCGCCCGAAGAAGACCGUCCAGCGUGCAUAUGGGGGUUCACGAUGCGCCAACUGCGUCCAGGACCGGAUCGUUCGCGCAUUCUUGAUCGAGGAGCAGAAGGUUGUGAAGAAGGUGCUCAAGGAGUCACAGCAGAAGAAACGCUAGAGGGUAGUGUCGAUGGGGUGAGGCAAUUAGUGUCGAAAAUGAGGGCCAUUGGUGUUCAUGUGCAUUACCGGCAGUCUCCUGGUUCAGGCCGGCUUUUUUAGGGUUCUACGAAAUCAAGGCGAUUUCAGCAUCAUACUUUCAAAAUCCGCCACGGAUGUUCGGCUGAGUAGAAUCAAAGCAACUCACACUCUCCGGGCAGUUUGAG